AUGUUAAAGAAAAGAUUUCUUUUCAUAUUUGAUUUUGACAAUACUAUAGUAAAUGAUAACACAGAUACUUACAUUUGGAAAUUACUUCCACAAGGUCAGAAAAGUUUACCUUCCCAAUUUGAAAAAGAAAAGCAUUGGAAUAAAUUUAUGAGAAAAGUCUUAUAGUUUUAUUAUCAUAAUGACAUAAGUGUUUAAUAGAUAAAAAGUUGUUUAUAAGAAAUGGAAUUAACUUAAGGUUUUGGUGAAUUGUUUGAUUUCAUAAGGUAUAAUAAUUAUAAUAAAUAUUUUUUAGAACAAAUAAGGAGUAAAUUGAAUGUAUAAUUGCUAGUGAUUCAAAUACUUAUUUCAUAGAUUCUAUAUUAGAUAAGUAAGGAUUUAAGGAUGUAAUCGAUAAAAUUUAUACUAAUCCAGUAUAAAUAAUUGAUGAUAUGGAAAUAUCCAUUUUCCCAUAUCAUAAAAAUGAUUGCGAAUCUACAUGUCCAAGAAAUAUGUGCAAAAGAACUAUUAUUAUGGAUAAUUAUCAAUUAACUAAUUAUGAAAAGGUAUGCUAUUUUGGAGAUGGCAAAAAUGAUUAUUGUCCAGGAACAAUAUUAAGAAAUGAAGACAUUAUAUUUGUUAGAAAAGGUUAUGGUUUAGAAAAGUUAAUUCAAAAAAAAGAUUUGUUAUGUGAAAAAGUUUAUUUUGAAUCAGGAAUAGAUUGUAUCAAUAGACUGAAGAAUCUAUUUUUGUGA